CUUAUUCUUUUUUCACCUAUCGUGGUUGUAUUCCAGUACAGUACAGUCUCAUUUAUCUGUGGGCUAUCAAUACGAUUUUCAUUCAUAUGCGCAUGUUCGCUCACCGAUCAGAGCACACAAUACUCGGCUAUCGAGUCGAAUGAAGUGAGAGCACCCUGUCGAAAUCAUGUGAUCGCGAUUACGCUUGUCUGGCCACUUGAUGGAACUCCGACUGGUAUACCGGGUUUUGAGACAAUUAUCCGACUGGGCGCUUGUGGGCUACUACUCUGAAGUCCACGUUGACGCUGGCAAGGAUCCUGAUGCCUUGCGAGGCGUGCCCCUCAUCGUGUUGGUGGCCCGCACACACUGCAACGCGAAUCGCACUCACGCUAGCCCAGAACGCCAUGUCACCACAACGAGCUUAUCGACAUCGCGACGCUGGGUACGUUCAUCCUGUCCCGCUGGAGUUACCUCUACUCAACCCGCAUCAGCCGCAACGAUUCCGCAUCGCCGUAUGGUGUCCUUCUGGGCUAAAUCGACUAUGUUCAAACACCCCGUUCUGGGCCCCAUUCUGACGUCCUCCGGCGCCAUACCCGUCCGACGCAACCCAGACAAAGCCGACGCGGCGGCGUCGAAUGCAGACCUGUUCGAUGCCUCUACCGCUGCGCUGGGGCGGAGACAGGUCAUCGGGAUAUUCCCUGAGGGCACGAGUUACACGGAGCCGGCAAUUAUGCAAAUUCUCAGCGGCGCGGGAUGGGCUGCGCUUGAGUUCAUGCGCGCUCAAAAUGGAGUGGGAAAGAUGGAGCCGGUCAUCGUCGUGCCCGUGGGGAUAGUGUACACGGACAAGUCAAAGUACCGAAGCCGAGUCUGUGUCAGAUACGGCGUCCCCAUCGACGUGACCAGGUGUAUGCCAGCAGAACUUUUCGAGGCGCCUCCGGAUGCGCAAGCCGAACGCGCUGCAGUGAAGGCACUGAUGAAAGACAUUGAGGAUCAAAUCGUACAGAUGACCAUCAACGCGCCAGACUGGGAGACCUUAUAUUCUGCCCGAAUAGCCCGAAACAUUCUCUGGAAAGAUGAGGGAGCGAUACCACUCAAAGACUGGAUCAUCGUCAACCAAACACUGAUCGGUUUUCUAUCUUCUGAAUAUGAAGGCUUACCAGAAGUCAAGCAUGCCUUGACUCGAUACUUUUCGCUGCUUCACCGCAUUGGUAUAAGUCAUGCAGAUCUUGAUUCUCUCGUUCCUACUGCUUCAGGUCGCCCGUCGCGUGCUUUUGCAUUCCGAUUCAUUUUCACGGUGGUUAGAACGCUGGUUCAUCCUUCUUUCCUCCUAUUCGUGCCUUCAUUCAUCACAUAUCUUCCUGCGUACAUAUUCGCAGCGCUAGGCUCGCGUUUGCCGCCACCCGGUGAGGAAGAGUCCCAGUCGCAAUUCAAGACUAUCAUCGGGGGUUUCGGGAUAGGGGUGGGUGUCGGUCUGAGCAGCUUCUGGAUCACCAAAGCCCUCGAUCGCUUUGUUGAGCAUGCUAUUGGUCGGUUUCCUGCGAUGUGGCUUGCGACAGCCUACUUCCUUGUGAAGCUGCAUAGUGCAUUGGUUGACAGAAACUUCCAGAGGCUUCGUCGACUGUCUACUGCGACCAAGAUCCUGCUCGGGAUAUUCCAGCCUCGCUCCUGGGAUCUGCCUGAGAGCAAGUUACCGGCCUACGAGAAGCCCCCUGUGCCUGCCGGAAACGGAUUCCUCAAGAAACACCACGAAAGUUCUGGGACUCUGCGGGGCAAGGCGUGGCUCAAAGCUCAGCCUCCGGCGAUUCCAGCCCGAAGAAUGAUAUUCCAUCUCUUGGCUGCUAGACAGGGAGCUCUCUCAGCCCUUGCUUCGUAUGCUGGACGAGAGACGCCAGAAAAGCGCAAGUUGGAGCAAUUAGGCGCAGUGUUUCGGCACCCAUGAGUUCAGGUAGAGACUUUUGGAGUCUUUCAUCGCCUGCAGUAUUGUUACAUCCGUGUCGUCCGAGACCCGUCAGAGACAGGUCUCUUCGAAUUACUGUUGUUCGGAAUCUUUGUGAACCCUAGACGAUCUCCACCGUUCGUUGACGACAUCAAAGUGCUCGCCGCGAGGGCGUUUCAGCAAGGGAAUGUACUUUGCCGUGCGCCUGAAUUCAGAGCCGCCGAGAGGGAUGUUCAUGACCGUCUUAUUAUCCGGCGUGAAGCCGUGCCAGUGUGUUGGUAGAACAGGUCGUGGAGCAGGAUGGUGGGCGCAUGCAGCUGCGUGGAAGGCCGAAUUCAAGGUCGCGUACAUCUGUGAUCUGCCCUGUAUCGAGUGCAGCCUGUGCCAUAAGCCUUCUGUCUGCUCGGGCUCUCGGUCUGUAUGCCAGGAGACGUCGUUCGAAGCAUAGUGGCAUUCGUACAAAACCAAAGGCAGACUGUCCGCCAUUUGGUAUUCCGGUUUCGUCUCCACUCGGGCAUCUCCCUCUCCAUCGACGUUGAGCAUGGCUUUGGCAACAUUAGGCUGUUCAAGCCCUGAUCCCACCAGGAAGAGCACCGCCAUGAUGUGUCGCACUUGAUGAUAGAGAAAUGCCGUCCCGAUGAGAUCGAAUACGAGCAUGCGGUCAUGUUGAUUUAUAGACGCACUGAGCACGCGCCUCUUGUACAGAGUGAUUUGUUUUGAUCCGUCGAUUUUGCAGAAAUUGCGAAAGUCGUGCAAUCCAACCAGCAUGCCUGCCGCCUCCGCCAUGCGUGUCACGUCGAGAUGCUCGGGUGAGAAGAAGUACUUGUAGUGGCGCGAGAUGCAGGAGUAACGCGAUGAGAAGGAGUCCGCUACGGGCGACCAAGCUAGGAUGCGGAUAGUAUGGGGGAGGAUCCGGUUCAGCAUCAACGCGUAGCUGUGCUCCCUCUCUGGUGCGUCUAUUGUCUUGCGCGCAGGAGCCGCGUCAAGCAGUCCAUCGGAAAAGUCUUCUGGUGGAAAUUGGUUCACUGACUUGGGAUUCUCACCGUCUCGUGCAGCUGAGUCCGCAGAAUCCAAUGUAUCCCUGCCCAAGGCACUGCGCACCCAAAGCGACACGACCUGCCCCGCCGCACUGACGCCCCGAUCCGUCCGCCCGCACCGUUCCCACCCACACCCUUCCAUCCCCGCGGCAGGAUCCACGAGACGCGCCUUCGCGAGCGCGUCGAACAGAACGCCCUCGACCGUCGGCAGGGGUGUCGCGUCAGACUGGAUGGACAGGCCGUUGUACGCCCAGCCCGCGUACGAGAAUUUGAGCGCGAUCUUCCGGCGCGGAUGCGCCGCAAAAUCGAAUGGCUUGCGUAGCUUAAGAGAGGGAGGCGGCAGUGGCCUAGGUGAGGCUGGGCGUCCAGUGGCAUCGCUCUCGAGAAGGCGGAGUUUGGCGAUCAACUCUUCUUUGGACCAGGAGUCAUAAGGUAAGGUGGAAAUCAUUCUUUGGGCACGAAGUACGAGACGCAUAGACUGAACCCUCCCGGGGCGACUGAGUGUGCACUAUGUGCCGUUGACGGUUUAGUCGCACGGAUGGCUGGGAUAUCUUAUCACGUGAUGUCAAGUUCGCAAUAUCGAGGCACUGUGCUGCAGCGUCCAGCCUUUGCCCUCGUGCGAUUGCCGUCACUCUGCAUCAAUUUCGUAUCCAGUAUGGCUUUCUUCGUAGUGUAUGCCUCCAGAAGAAGUGUCUCCUCGCUGCGUCCGAAGUCCCUCAUGUCUGCCGCCAUUCGCAGUCAACUUGGUGUAGGUCCCGGUCACCUCCAAAGCCACUCACUCCCACAACUCCUACACUCGGUCGAUUUUGACUCCUUUCUCGCUGGCUUUUUC